GUGCGAAUACCUGGUUAGGACCAACUCUCACAACCCACAACCACACCAAUAGCCCAAAUACUGCCCAAAUACACCCGGAGGCGAACAACAGUAAAGGAAAGCUCUCUGUGGUUUGUUCCACCAGCCAGCUACUCAUUCCACCACGCCUUGCUUUAGAAACCAACUACGUUGAGCAUUUGGAUCAUUGAUCUUCAUUCUUCGUUAUCUAUCUUCCUACCGUACUAGUCUAUUUCAUCUUCAUUCCUUGCUGCUCACACACUAACUAACUACAAUGAUUCGACUAUUCCGAGGCAACAGCGCCAAGAAGAGGCAGAUGGCGCGAGAUCCCGAGAUAAAUCCGUUGGCGUCUCUUCAGUCGAUCAAGCACAUGAACUACGUAAGCGACAAUAUGCAGACGAGCAAGUUGGCCAAGUCAUGGGCGAUUGCCGAGACCAAGGUGGUCAAUAUCCUUCGUGUGUCGGCCAUUAUAGCUCUGCUGGUGGCGGCCGCAGUAGUGGCGACCGGUGUGUUUCUGUAUACCCGCAAUGGGGAAGAGCAAGAUUUCCAAAUUGCCUUUGAAGACAGUGCGAUUCAAGUGAUUGACAGCUUCCAUGAAGCCAUUGAACGCAAUAUGGGCGCUGUGGCUUCCUUGAGCAAUAGCAUCACCAGUUAUGCGCUGGAAACCAACAAGAGUUUUCCAUUCGUCACUUUGCCGCACUUUGAAAUCAAGGGAUCGGAUAUCAGGGCACAAUCGGGAUCCCAUUUACUCCAUUGGUGUCCGCUCGUGUCAGAUCACAACAGGGGGGAUUGGGAAGAAUACUCCUUUCAAAAUAGGCAUCAUGCUACGCAAGCCAUACAGUAUGACACCAAGUAUCGCAUGGAACAAGAUCAGAUGUAUGGCUAUGGAACAAGAUCAAGACAACGACAACUGCAACAGCUACAAGCUCAGAAUGAAACUGAAAUGGAAACACAACAAUUCAACGAGGAUCUGGAAGCUCUAGUAUCAACGGAUACCCAAGGAGUCUUGGGGGUCCGUCCCACCACUCUUAACGACGGGUCAAAUUACCAUCCCUAUAUCUGGACCUCGGGAUCAACCACACCCAGAGGAGAUGUCCCCCAAGGAUCCGGAGACGGAAAUUACAUGCCCCUUUGGCAGCAAAGUCCUGCCGAUGCCCGCCUAGCUUCAGCGCUCAACUUGGACGUUGCCAGAUCAAAGUUCAUCGCCAAGGAUCUCAUCCAUACAAUGCAAACGGAACAAAUGGCCGUUUUGAACAUGGCGGCAGAGCCAAGGGAAAUAUCAAAGGCACAAUUCCAAUACUAUCUGAAAGUCUCACAAUACAGACAUCGAGCAGAAGAACUCGUCGACGACUGGCAUACGCUGCUGUCCUAUCCCGUCUUUGAUACCUUUGACGCAGACACACGCAACUUGGCUGGCAUGAUCACCACCGAUAUUUACUGGAAAGUCUUUUUUAGCAAUUUGCUACCCACCAAUCUGCGCGGGCUUGUCUGUGUCAUUACAAACUCCUUCAAUCAGACAUUCUCCUACCAAAUUGACGGUGCCGUCGCCACAGCCCUGGGCAUGGGGGAUCCACAUGAUCCAAAGUACGAAGAACUGGUUUUGUCCACAAACAUCAAUUCCUAUUUGAGUGAACGGGCGGGACCGGAAAACAGGGCCUACCAAACCGUGCAUCUCAGUGAUACAGUGCAAUACACUAUUCAUGUCUAUCCAUCCAAGGUGACGAAGGAUUUGUUUGUAUCCAACCAGCCGGCCGUAUAUGCAGCGAUCGUCGUCAUUGUCUUUGUCUUUGCUGCCUUUGUCUUCACCUUGUAUUCGGUCGUUGUGGAGCAUCGGCAAAGGGUCAUGAAUGACAAUGUGAUUGACAAGGUCAAGAAGGCUGCUGAAACCGAGAGAGAGCUCAAUGAGUUCCUUAGCCACGAGAUUCGAAAUCCGUUGUCUGCCGCCAUCAGUGCCUGCACGUUCGUUUCCACCGCGGUCAACGAAGCAAAUCCCCUAGCUGAUGAAGAGUCCCGGUCGUACGUUCGAGAUGACAUUGAAGUGGUCACCUCCAGUCUCCACUUUAUCAAUGAUUUUCUUCGGUCGAUGUUGGACAUCUACAGGGCGUCGGACAAGCAAAUAUCGGUGGAAAAGGCGCCGACAGACAUCAAACACGAUAUUCUCGAACCAGUCUCCAAUAUUCUUUACAAGCGACUUGCCACUUUUGAAGUCUUGGUAGAUUGCCCAGACAAUCUUGUUGUCAUGACCGAUUCAAUUCGUUUGAAACAGGUCAUACUGAACCUGGUUCGUAAUGCAAGCAAAUUUGUGGAGCGUGGUUUCCUUAGGAUGAGGGCAGAGGUCGUGACGGAAGGACUUGAAAGCCGAGUCCGCCUCUUUGUGGAAGAUUCUGGGCCAGGCAUUCCACUAGAAAAGAAGCGGGAGUUGUUUGCAAAGUACCAAGACUCCUUAGACCUACUAUCCCAGGGAACGGGAAUUGGGCUGAAUCUGAGCAAGAAAUUGAUGCACAUAAUGGGGGGAGACUUGUACCUGGAUGACAAUUAUGACAGUGGGAUAGAAGGAUCACCAGGGGCGUGCUUUGUAGUGGAUCUGAGUACUCCUCCACUUGACCUAGACCGGGAAUUAGAUCAAGGCGAUUUCGAUUACUCUGAACCAACUGAUAUCGAAACGGGGAAUUCGCGAACUUUAUCCUCAAGAGAUAGCGUUUCGUCUGCGAAUUACGUACCAGAACACGCAGCGCCGAGGAAAACACCAGCUCUUCGCGGCAACGACCAGGACCCUGUGCUCCCGGAGGGUCUUAAAGUUUUGUUCGUCGAUGACGAUGCGAUGCUUCGGAAGUUGUUUGUAAGGGCUGUCAAACGAGCCACCCCUGACUCGUGGACGAUCAGAGAGGCGUCAAGUGGAGAAAUGGCAAUGAAGAUUCUUUCGGAGGAUCCAUCCAUUGAUCUCAUCUUCUUGGAUCAGUAUAUGGCUUCCGUCGACAAACAACUGCUGGGAACCGAGACAGCGUCAGCACUGCGGCGGAAGGGAAUCGAGAGUACGAUUGUUGGGCUGUCUGCAAACGACUUGCGAACUGCCUUCGUCAAUGCUGGCGCGGACGACUUCAUCUUGAAACCCAUGCCCUGCAAACCAGAUGAGUUGAAACGAUUGCUGCACAAGUUCACAAUGCCCAAGAUGAACAUGGACGCGUCUUCUGUGAGACGCUUUAUUGACUCUUCAAGGCGAUCGCACAAUUCACGGUCGGCGCGAUCAGCGGGGACAAAGCCCUCCGGCGGCACUGUCUAUUCCUCCGCCGCUACACCGAUUCCCCCGUUGGUUACAAUUCCGCCCGCUGGAAUCUUGAAAAAGGAGGAAGAAUCGAAUCGGCCAACAGCAUCGUCGUCGGAAGCAUCUACGGGUGUAAUCAACAAACAAGACCUUGAUGCCACAGAUGUUCCUUCCGUAACCUCCAUACAAAGCGACAGCAAGCAGCAGACAUCAAUUAGCGCUAGUCCGUUGUUUGCCAUUGCAGAUGACAAACCGACAAAACCUCUCUUUGCAAUCAGCGAGAUCGACAAAGAACAGAAGUCAAAACCCCUGUUUGUGAUUGACAACGACAGGGAGACUACAACGCAGUCGCUGUCAUCGAAAGAACAAGCUGGUAGAAAGGUAUCACAAUCAACAUCACCCCUAUUUGCAUUGAAAGAAAGCAGCAAACUUCCACCAUCUGCCGACAGUUCUGGGUCGAAUGAAGCGACUUCCAAACCUCCAUUGUUUUCUAUGACCGUGUCAGACAGACCAGAGACGAAGCCGGUUCCAUUAUUUUCAAUCAACCCGCCGCCGGAGGAUCCAAAGGACGAAAACAAAACAUCGAAAGAUGCUGCAAACCAAGUCAAGCCGGUUCCAUUAUUUUCAAUCAACCCCCCGGCGAAACCACCACAACAGUCUUCAGACCAAGCCAAGCCGGCUCCCUUGUUUUCAAUCAACCCGGCGAAACCAUCGCAGGAUGCUGCAGACCAAGUCAAGCCGGCUCCAUUAUUUUCAAUCAAACCCCCGGCGAAACCAUCGCAAGAUGCCGCAGACCAAGCCAAGCCGGCUCCCUUGUUUUCAAUCAAACCCCCGGCGAAACCAUCGCAAGAUUCUUCAGACCAACUCAAGCCUGCUCCCUUGUUUUCAAUCAAACCCCCGGCGAAACCAUCGCAAGAUUCUUCAGACCAACUCAAGCCUGCUCCCUUGUUUUCAAUCAACCCGGGGAAACCAUCGCAGGAUGCUGCGGACGAAUCCAAGCCGGCUCCCUUGUUUUCAAUCAACCCGGCGAAACCAUCGCAGGAUGCUGCAGACCAAGUCAAGCCGGCUCCAUUAUUUUCAAUCAAACCCGGUCCGGACGAAACCAUCGAAAGAUGCGCAACCAAGCAAGCCGAUGCUGCUGCGGACGAAUCCAAGCCGGCUCCCUUGUUUUCAAUCAACCCGGCGAAACCAUCGCAGGAUGCUGCGGACGAAUCCAAGCCGGCUCCCUUGUUUUCAAUCAACCCGGCGAAACCAUCGCAGGAUGCUGCAGACCGAGCCAAGCCGGUUCCCUUGUUUUCAAUCAACCCCCCGGCGAACCUGAGAACCGUUGAUGGUUUGCGCUCUGGCAAUGAAACCAAUGGCGUAGGCAACCAAAGCAAGGGAAUAAAACCUCUCUUUGCAAUCUCUGGUCCCAAUGAACCGACAAUUCAACCAUCUGCGGGUAGCAAUAGCCAGGGCGCCAAACAAAGACAUGUCUCGGAACUCUCACGAAGCAGCAAGGACGAAGAUCGAGCAAAGAAGCCUCCUCCCCUAUUUGCAAUCGCAGGUUCCUCAGGCAAUGGAGGAAAGCAGUCUCCGUAUUCUUCCAAUACAGUUGACGAUCAAAAGAAUGUUACCGCCAGUCACUCAGGCGCAGUUACAACCCCAAUCCCAGCCCCAACUGGAGCCAAGGCUCCGUCAGGAAAACCUGCCAAUGCCGCCAAGAAGUCACCUUUGUUUUCUCUUGGGAGCAUGACUCGUAGCCACGAGAGGAAAGAAGCGGAGAAGCUAUCUUCACUUUUUAGUCCCAAAGAAUCGGUCAAAACCCAGCCUCACUUUGGAACCAAGGUUUCGAACAGUCAUCAAGACAUCUCUGCGAUUAUUGCCAGUGUGAAAGCAGCAAACCAGCAGAAAUAA